CUCUGCCUUACACUCUGUCUCUCCGUAUAGACUGUCAGUCAUGUUAUGCAGUGUUGUCUCUGUUGGUCACCAUUGAAGACAUUAAGACAUUUGUCCAUCACUUCCAUCACAUCUACUCCACUGUCAAAGAGUUAUCAACGAAACCGUGUUUUUCACUCUAACCCAAGAAAUGUGUUGAAUAUUGUGUGCAAAACGGAUCCCAACGACAAUCGGUGUUAAGUUUUUACUCGGUUUUGGAUUUUUUGGGUUUCAUUUGAACCCAUUUCUGGACUACUUUUACUACAUUUUCUCAAUAUAUGGACUAAAAAUACAUUGAAAAGUGAAAACAAUGUAUAAUUCAAGACAUCCGGGUCCGCCACAGGCCGGACAGGGAUUCAAAUUCACGGUAACGGAAACGUGUGAACGGAUUAAAGAGGAAUUUAACUUUCUUCAGGCCCAGUAUCACAGUUUGAAACUAGAAUUGGAAAAACUCGCGACAGAGAAGACAGAAAUGCAAAGACAUUACGUUAUGCAUCAACAACAGGUCGCGUCGGCGGUCGAGAGGGCCAAACAGGUGACGAUGACUGAACUGAAUGCCAUCAUUGGACAACAAAUACACGCUCAACAGCUCUCAUCGGCGCACUCACACGGGCCACCCAUGCCUAUGAUGCCGCACCCGGCACUCGCCGGUCUUCAGCCGCCGGUGUCUGCGGCCGCAGCGGCAGCAUUAGCCGCCGGAUUACCGCCAUCGAGCUCUGCUGCCGGUCUGUUAGCCCUAUCAUCUGCCGGUGCAUUGGCUGGCGGCCCGUCUUUGCCCACAAAUAAUAACAACUCAAGUCAUUUGCCGGGCAUUCCGUCGGCUCUUCCUAAGGAGUCAUCGCAUCGCGAGAACAAUGAGAAGCGUUCACUAAAUGAGCCAAUACUCAAACCAAACGGAGAGGAGAUUUUAGCCUCAGAGGAAAUGCAUGGAUGGAGAAACUCCAUUUCACCGAAUGAUAGGGAAAAGUUUCGCAACAGAUCUCCAGAUUUGGAGCACGAGAUGAAGAAACGCAAGAAUGCGAAGGAGGAGAAGGACAGCGACGGAGAAAAGAGUGACCAGGAAUUGGUUGUAGACGUGGCCAAUGAAGACCCGGUCGGGUCUCCGAACUCUCGGAACGGCAACUCUUCUCCGCGAGAAAACGGCAACGAAAAGCAAGUGAAGAAAGAGCACAGUUCUCAUAGUCCACACUCGAGUAUAUCCUCCAAUUCAAGCACUCCUUCUUCCAAACAUAAAGAGAAUGAGAAGUCGAUGACACCCGUUCCUAAGCCGACAACGCCUACCAGCUCUGGUAGCAUGAAAAACAUACCCAAACCUCCACUCGGACCCCCAUAUCCUUACCCAUUGCAUGGAGGACCGGGAGGGCCGCCACACCUUCCGGCAGAUCUGAGCGCAGCUGCAGCCGCCUAUUCCCAGAGCGUAGCCCUACAUAAUAACAUCUCACCGGCGAUUAACUCCUAUUCUAGGGGUUUGGUGGGCGGACCCUAUCCGGAACCACACCCAUCCAUGAGGGGACCGGGAUUUGGUGGCGCUAUCCCAGGCGGCAAACCCGCCUAUUCCUUUCAUGUGAACGCUGAGGGUCAGGUACAACCCGUACCCUUUCCACCCGACGCUCUCGUCGGGUCAGGGAUUCCUCGCCACGCGAGACAAAUAAAUACUCUAAAUCACGGGGAAGUCGUCUGUGCCGUCACUAUCAGUAACCCAACUAAAUAUGUCUACACCGGAGGCAAAGGUUGUGUCAAAGUGUGGGACAUUAGCCAACCCGGCAGUAAAAGUCCUGUCUCUCAAUUGGAUUGUUUGCAAAAAGACAAUUACAUCCGUUCGUGUAAACUAUUACCCGACGGCCGAACUCUGAUAGUCGGCGGUGAAGCGAGUACUAUAUGUAUCUGGGAUUUGGGCGCUUCUAUACCCAGAAUUAAAGCCGAGUUGACGUCAUCGGCUCCGGCCUGUUAUGCCCUCGCUAUUAGUCCCGAUUCAAAAGUUUGCUUCAGUUGUUGUAGUGACGGAAACAUUGCGGUUUGGGAUCUUCACAAUCAAACACUUGUCCGACAAUUUCAAGGACACACUGACGGCGCGUCUUGUAUUGAUAUCAGUAACGACGGGAAUAAGUUGUGGACCGGAGGUCUGGAUAAUACAGUUCGCUCGUGGGAUCUGCGAGAAGGCCGUCAACUACAACAACACGACUUCUCGUCUCAGAUCUUUUCUCUGGGUUAUUGUCCGACUGGCGAUUGGCUGGCAGUCGGAAUGGAGAGCUCUAACGUAGAAGUGCUUCACUGUUCAAAACCAGACAAAUAUCAGUUGCAUUUACACGAGAGCUGUGUUUUGUCGUUAAAGUUUGCAAACUGUGGCAAAUGGUUUGUCAGUACCGGUAAAGACAAUCUUCUGAAUGCUUGGCGAACCCCUUACGGCGCCUCUAUUUUUCAGAUCUUUUCUCUGGGUUAUUGUCCGACUGGCGAUUGGCUGGCAGUCGGAAUGGAGAGCUCUAACGUAGAAGUGCUUCACUGUUCAAAACCAGACAAAUAUCAGUUGCAUUUACACGAGAGCUGUGUUCUGUCGUUAAAGUUUGCAAACUGUGGCAAAUGGUUUGUCAGUACCGGUAAAGACAAUCUUCUGAAUGCUUGGCGAACCCCUUACGGCGCCUCUAUUUUUCAGUCAAAGGAGUCCUCAUCGGUGUUGAGUUGUGACAUCUCUUCGGAUGACAAGUAUAUAGUGACCGGUUCUGGAGAUAAGAAGGCUUCGCUCUAUGAAUAUUUGUUUAAUUUAAAGUCAAAGGAGUCCUCAUCGGUGUUGAGUUGUGACAUCUCUUCGGAUGACAAGUAUAUAGUGACCGGUUCUGGAGAUAAGAAGGCUUCGCUCUAUGAAGUGAUCUAUUGA